CACGUCCACCGUCGACUCGGCGUAGACGCACAGGAUACGACGAGCACCAUGAGGACCGCCGUGCCACUUCUGCUGGCCGCUCUAGCCCUUCUGGGCCUGGCCUCCGCCACCAUCAACCCUGCACCGCACGUCGCUGCUGACAAGGACUUCCUCCUCAGGCAGAAGAGACUUCUUCAGAUCCUAUGGCACGUCGGACAACCUAUACUCGACCCUGAACUGAAGGAGAUCGCGAGUUCCUUUAAACUUGAAGAUCACGCUGGAGACUUCAAGGACCCAGAGCUCGUCAAGACGUACUUAAGGUACUACGCACACGGGUUCUUCAAGAAACGUGGAGAGCAGUUCUCGGUGCACCACAAGUACGACCAGCUCGAGGCUAAGGCGCUCGUCGACAUCCUGUACCAAGCAAAGGACUUCGACACCUUUUUCAAGACCGCCGUCUGGGCCAGGGAACACCUGAACGAGGGCCUGUUCGUGUACGCACUCAACGUCGCUAAGUUGCACCGCGAUGACCUCUUCGACGUCGUUCUGCCGCCCUUCUACGAGAUCUACCCCCAGCUCUACGUCUGCUCCGACGUCAUCAGGGAGGCGUGGGGAGCAGCCUUAGAAGGCAAGACUUUCGACAAGGACCGUCCAUACGUGAUCCGCGCAAACUAUAGUGGCUACCCACGCGCCCACAACGCUGACGAACUCCUCUCCUACUACACUGAGGACAUCGGCCUGGGCGCCUACCUCGACUUCAUACACUACCGCUAUCCCUUCUGGGCCAAGCUGUCCGAGUACAACCAGGCCAACUACACCCGCAGAGGGGACCACUUCUACUAUGGCAUCAAGGCCACCCUCAGCCGCUACUACCUGGAGAGGCUCUCGAACCACCUCCCUGACAUCGAACCCGUCGACUACAAGAAACCCGUCCCCGGAUCUAAGCCUUACGGCCCAUUCGUCCAGUACCUCAGCACACUGGAGAGAAGACUUUGGGAAGCGGUCGAUUUCGGCUCCGUGUUUGACUCCGAAUUCAAGAAAUACUCUCUUCGCGACCCACUGAGCAUUGAGAUCUUUGGACGGAUCGUGGAAGGUAACGCAGACUCCAUCAACAGGGAUUACUACGGAUCAUUCUACAACGGCCUUCUGAAGUACCUGGGACACGACGGUGACCAUCAUCACGGGCAGGAUCCCUCACUCCUGGACAGACCAGCAUCAACUUUCAAGUCUCCUCUGUACUACAAGAUCGUUAAGCGAAUUGCGCUGAUACUGGACCAGUUCAAGAAACACCUUCCACCUUACUCACAGAAAGAGCUGUCUCUGCCCGGCGUGAAAGUUGAGAGCCUGACGGUCGACAAGCUGGUCACCUACUUCGAGGACUACGACUUCGAGCUGAACAACGCUAUCCCGGUGGCGAGCAUCGAAGAGGGCGCCAAACUGAACGUCGUGGCUCGCGUCCCGCGCCUGACACACAAGCCCUUCAACUACCACGUCAAGGUCACCAGCGACAAGGACGUCGACGUCUUCGUUCGCUUCUUCAUCGGCCCGCGCUACGACGUCUACGGCAACGAGCUGUCGCUCAACGAGAAGAGGCACAACUUUGUCUACAUCGACUCUUUCGUCUUCAAUCUGAAAAAGGGAGAGAAUGAGCUGGUGAGGAACUCCAAGGACUUCAACUACUACGGUCAGCUGCCGCUGAGCUACAGGAAGCUGUACGAGGCUACGGAGGCGGCCAUCGCCGGCGGAAAGCAGCCCUUCAUCGACGACUUCGUCCACAAGUACGGCGACAUCGAGCGCCUGGCGGUGCCGAGGGGAACCCGCAGCGGCCUGCCGCUCUCCACCUACGUCAUCAUCACCCCGUUCACGCACAAGACAAUCAGCAGGAUCAACCCGUACACCGACGACGUCGGCGCCAAGAUCUCCCUCUUCCCGUUCGACAGGCCCAUCAACGAGCUGGACUUCGGCGUGUCCAAUUCGUACUUCGGCGAGACAGUCGUCAUUCACAGGAACGCCGAAGAAGUCUGGCGCUCGCUGCCUGGUCGGCCGGAACACCCGGCCACUCUACCAGCGUGCGACAUGAGGCCCUCACUGACGCUGGUCGCGCUCUGCGCCCUUGCCGCCGUCGCCUCGGCGACCAUCAACCCGGAGCCGCACGUCAUCGCGGACAAGGAUUUCCUUCUGAGGCAGAAGAAGCUGCUAGAAGUUUUCUGGCAUGUCGGACAACCCACCGUAGACCCCGAGCAGAAGAAGAUUUCGGAAACCUUCAAUCUUGAAGAGAAUGUCAACAACUUCAAAGAUCCAGAACUCGUGAAGAAGUUCGUGAAUUACUACACUCACGGCUACUUCAAAGAGCGUGGAGAACAGUUCUCCAUCUACAACAAGCUUGACCAGAUUCAGGCCAAGGCCCUUGUCGACCUUUUGUACCAGGCGAAUGACUUCGAGACUUUUUACAAGACGUCCGUGUGGGCCAGGGACCACCUGAACGAGGGCCUGUUCGUGUACGCUCUCAACGUGGCCAAGCUGCACCGCGAGGACCUGUUCGACGUGGUGCUGCCCCCCUUCUACGAGCUGUACCCGCACCUGUACGUCAGCCCUGACGUCAUCAAGGAGGCGUGGGAAGCCGCCCUGCAAGGCAAGGCCUUCAGCAAGGAGAACCCGUACGUGAUCCGCGUCAACUAUAGCGGGCAGCCGUUCGCUCGCAACGCCGAUGAGCUGGUCUCGUACUAUACUGAGGACGUAGGCCUUAACGCCUACCUGGACUUCAUGCACUACCGCUACCCCUUCUGGGCCAAGAUGCCGGAGUAUAACCAAGCCAACUACACACGCCGCGGAGACCAAUUCUACUACGGCAUCAAGGCCAUCGUCGGCAGGUACAACCUGGAGAGACUGUCGAACCACCUCCCAGACGUAGAGCCUAUCGACUACACGAAGCCCAUCAACGGAGUCGUCCCUCAGGGUCCCCUUGUGCAGUACGUGAGCACGCUGGAGAAGAGGCUUCGUGAAGCCAUCGAUUCAGGAUUUGUAUUUGACAGCAACUUCACAAGGUACUCACUGAAUGACCCUCUCAGCAUUGAGAUCCUUGGAAGAAUUGUGGAAGGCAAUGCGGACUCCAUCAACAAGGACUACUACGGCUCGUUCUACAGAAGCCUCCUGUCUCUCGCUGCCGGUCCAGGCAGCGUCACCCCAGCCUCUUCCUUCAGCAACCCCGCCUUCUACAAGGUUGCUGCACGAGUUGCCUCUAUCCUUGAUCAGUUUAAGGAGAGGCUCGGACCUUAUGCAGUAGAACAGCUGCUGCUGCCUGGUGUGAAAGUCGAGAGCCUGACCGUCGACAAGCUGGUGACGUACUUCGACGACUACGAUUUCGAGCUGAAUAACGCUAUUCCGGUCGAAAGCGUGGAGGAAGGCGCCAAGCUGAAUGUAGUCGCCCGCACGCAGCGGCUGACACACAAGCCGUUCAACUACCACAUCAAGGUCACCAGUGACAAGGACAUCGACGUGUUCGUGCGCUUCUUCUUCGGCCCCCGCUACGACGUCUACGGCAAGGAGCUGACCCCCAACGAGAAGAGGCACAACAUGCUCUACACUGACUCAUUCGUCUUCAAACUGAAAAAGGGCGAGAACGAGCUGGUGCGAAACUCGAGGCAGUUCAACUACUACGGCCAACUGCCUCUGACCUACAGCAAGCUCUACCACCGCACCGAAGCGGCCAUUAAGAGCGGCUCGGAGGUCUACGUGGACGACUUCGUGAAGAAGUACGGCGACCCCGAGGGUCUGAUACUGCCCCGCGGAACACGCAGCGGCCUGCCGCUCAGCAGCUACGUCAUCAUCACCCCGUUCACGCACAAGACCAUCAGCAGGAUCAACCCGUACACCGACGACAUCGGCGCCAAGAUCUCCUUCUUCCCCUUCGACAGGCCCAUCAACGAGCUCGAGUUCAACGUGCCCAAUUCGUACUUUGGAGAAGCUGUCGUGGUGCACAGGAGUGGUGAUGAGGUCAUCAAAGCCUAAAUGAUAAGGGUCACUUUGUGCCUGACACUCAUCUUUAGCAUAGUAUUACCUUAACAUUGUAACACGUAUUUGAAUAAAGCUUAAUUUUCUAAUAAACGACA